UUCAGGCUCCUCGGCUGCACCGGAAUUCAUUUAGAGCAGGAAAACAACCCCGUGAAGAAAGAUCCAAUCAGCUUCUGCUCGGCUGAUCUCUUGAUGCCUCCAAAUACUCUGCGCAGGAGAGUGAGCGGAUCUCUCCUGUCUGAAUCAUGACUCCGAGUUUUUCGUCCUUUUCCAUCAAAGACAUCCUCAGCGGACUUGAAACGAGAGGGGAGCCGGUUCUGAUCAGAGCCGGGGAUCACCGAGAACCGUCCAACGACUGGAGGACGACAGUCCAGGACGCGGAGGGGAACCGCAUCCUCCCGGAGGGGGUUUGUCCUGAUCUCAGUGUGUCCGUGGAGAACCUCAGCUCUGAUGCCUGCAGGGAGGAUGCGCCAGGAGAGGAGACCGAGAACAGAGAAGCAUCUGCAGAGCAGCAGCCUCGGUGCGCGGAGCGGGACGCGCUGCAGGAGAAGCAGGUGGAUCCAGCGGAGGAGGGACGUCAGCACGGCGGGCAGGCUCUCAGCGGCUCCCCCGGGGAGAGGCCGGGCAGGCCCGGCCCGAAGAAGCGCUCCAGGGCGGCCUUCUCCCACGCGCAGGUCCUGGAGCUGGAGCGGCGCUUCAGCGCGCAGCGCUACCUGUCCGGACCCGAGCGGGCCGACCUGGCCGGAGCGCUCAAGCUCACAGAGACGCAGGUGAAGAUCUGGUUUCAGAACCGGAGAUAUAAAACGAAAAGGCGGCAGAUGGCGGCCGAGCUGGCGGCGUACGGCUCACCGAAGAAGGUGGCAGUGAAGGUGCUGGUGAGAGACGAUGGGAAGCAUUACUACCACGGCGGGGGGCUCGCGCGCCUCCCCGUGACUGUGCCGUUUUACCAGGGCUGCCAGAGCUACCCCUACCUGCACUGCUACUACCACCCCUGGAACACGUGCAGCAUGUAGCGAGGAGGGACGAUCUGAAGAAACUAUCGGUUUUUAUGUCAGUCCGGGCAUGAGGAUGGGAUUGCAAAGCUUCUCUGGAAAAUGUGACAACAUCACUGUGCCAAGAUAGCGUUUAAAUUAAGACUUCAUUGUUAGAAUUGGUCCAUGAUUUCCUGCACCUAAUAAUAAAACUCUCAAAGGAAAAGAAAGAGUAUUUUAGACAUCAUUUGCUGGUUUUGAUUUAACUGAAAAGGAUUUAUCUACAUAAAAAAAUAUUGUUUAUGAAAAAAAACUAUGGUGCAUCUUUGGCUCUUUUGCAAUUGAGAAAUAUGUUUCCUCAGAUGUGUCCCUCUGGUGUUAUGUUUGUUUUACUUAAGAUAUAAACCAUCAAAACCCACGCGUUUCCUUUACUUCUGCUAUUUCUUUCUAAAUAACAAUAGCGGAAAGCAGUACAGAUUCACACUUUUAAGAUGAUUUAAAUUCUCGGGAGGAUAACAAUGCUAAAGCACAACGCUGAAGAGAGUGGAGGUUUGAAUGCUCUGUUUAAUGAGAUCAGCUCAGUGAUAAUCUGAUGUACUUAUAAAGUCAGUUUUGAAUUCACAGUAACACCUCCUGACAGGAUGAGCGACUGUCUCUCCAGAACAACUGCCAGAAACUGUCUCCUGUCCGCCAAUACACAGACCAGAGAGGAAUCUCAGAUUUAUACAAACCCAGCGAGAGAAAGAAGCUGAUCUUGUUCUUCACUGAGACUCUGACAUUUUUAGUGGACAUUCAUUUUAUUUAUGGGACACCUUUAUUGAUCAUGAAAGUCAACAUAGCACCUGUAAGAAUGCAUUUUUAUUUUACAGGAGAUUAAGAAGCUGUCAGAUUGUGUAAUUUACUGUAUGUCUACAUAAUAUCCUACUAUAAGCAACAGGGAGCAUCUGAUUUGCUACUUAUUCUGGAAUUUUGCAAACUUUUACCGAUUUAAUUAAGUUGGAUUUAGAAGGUAAAUAUAAACAACAGUUUAUUUUCAACAUCUUGUUAAAAAAAAAGUCCUGCUUGGGACAGCGUUCUCCAGUGUGUUGCAUGAGUCAGAGACGGUCCAUAGACUGUGGGGACGUUGCUCCAUCCAGCCUGGUUGCACAAGACAGCGCUCAUUAAUCAUUCUUUACCGAGAAGACUGCACCCUCAUCUGGUAUUACCACACUUGAUAGAGAAAUAAAAACACGACUCUUCAACAAGGUGGCCCAGGCUCUGACUUUUGAACUAAAGACAUCAGGAAGCCAGACGAUGCUGAUUGGGGUUGCAUUGGUAUGUUAAAUGUUCCCACUCCAGUCUCUCAGCUUAAAGUUCAAGAGCGGGCGUUGUUUCCUUUUCAUGUGAAGUUUGCAUGUUCUCCCUGUGCAUGGGUGGGUUUCCUCCAGGGACUCCUGUCACAGUCAAAAGAUAUAUCUUCUGUGCAAUUGGCAGUAGUCUGCGAAUGAAGAGGUUUGCAUCUUUAAAGCACUGUUGUUCUUCACUUUCACAAGACUCAAGCGAAUACUGUCAGAAUAAAGCAAAUCGGCCAUGCCAUGUGAGAAUCCGGAUGUGUUCAGAGUCUCCUUGCAGUCCCGCCUGCUCUGGCAGAGACGCUCACCGUGUGCCGCAGUCUGGCACCAGCCCAAACCUCAUUUAUCUCUUUUAUCAAAACACCACUUAAAGCCACCCUAAGUGGUUGGCAUUGUGGACAGCAGUGCUCAGGGUGGGAAGAUUAACUUCUCUUUGCAGUUUAACUGUGAGCAAUCAGGACACAAUUAAGUGCAAUUAUUUUCAUUUGCACAUAUUUGCCAUUGAAGACGUUGCUGCAGAAAAGGUCACGGUGCUGCAUCGUGGCUGCGAGGUAUGCCUCAUUUGUAUGAGCACUGAUUAUUCACAUUGUGUCUCUGAAUAGUUGGCGUAGUCACCGCUGCCUACCGUGACUAGAUAAGACUUUUCCCCGACUACAUGCAACCUGUGUUGUCAUGUUGAUGUAAAUUCCCACAGACGACAAAGAGAGACAGUGAAAGGUUGAGCGCCAGGGCGACUUGUCAGUUUCAUGGUGCUUAUCCACACACGCUGUAGUAUUCAAACACUGUGGAACUGUUCAGCUCCAGUGUUGAUUUGGCUGUUCUUGUGCUUAUUUUGGGUACU